CCCGAGUCAGUUUUAGCCGCGAACGCAAACUCCGGACUCGCUAGUGCAUCCAACUAAAGUUUUUAAGUACAGCCAAGAAAUACUAAAAUACUUCAAAGGAUAAACUCAAUCUGGUUUGACUAAAUGAAUAAAUUGAUGAACCGGCAAUGGGUCCAUCCCACGCAAAAUGGCUUACAUCAUGAAAGACAUCAGCCUCACCAUCAACGAAUACUUUCUGGCUAACAAAAUGAGCUUGUUGUCAAACUCAAUAUAUUUGAUUUUGAUUUAUAAGACAUAAACGCUACCUGAUAUUUUGUUAGAAAAUCUAAUUCGAUGCGAGCUUAAUUGUUGGACUUAGUCAGGAAAGUCUAGCUCUCGCAACGUAGUAUUCAAUUCUUUCCUGAUUUAAAAUGAGCCAACUGGUGAGCGUUUACACGGUAAAAAAGAGCGAGGCUGUCACUGUUUAGUGUGGACUUUGACCGGUGAUAAACAGAAAGACGAUGUGUAAGACAGGAAAAAAAUCGCUAAAAUUCCAGAAUGUUUGACAGAAAUUUGUUUAUUUUUCCCUUGUGUUUUAUUUUACAAAAACACGUCCUCGAUUUGAAGAGCCCAAAGCAAAAUUUCCAUAAAAAAUCCAUGAAGAAAACAAAAACCCCCGCGUCAUGAACUCCAUUUUACUUACUAGCGAUCCAUCAAUGUAGUAUCUUUUCUCAGUUCUUUAUCUACAUUCUCUCAUAUAUUAUGAAUUUAUUCUACUAAGACAUCAUUACAUUCUCAGUUCAUACUGGUUUAAUUUCGAUGAAGAAAAUUGAAAUAAAAACCAAAAAGCAGGCUAUUUCAGUUUUUUUUUUGGUGUCAAUGAAAAUUGACUUUAUAGGCUUAUUUCAGUGAUUCUAAUUCUCAUCCACAAAAAAAAAAAAAUAAAAAUAAAAAUAAUAAUAAAAAAAAAAACAUCGCACGAUGAUAGUAAAGUAUCGGGAGUUUGUUGACUCGACUCAACACCUACACAGGAGAUGUAAGGCGUAAAACCUCGAGCUGUGCCCAGCCAGGUGCUGGCGCAUUAUCAACGAUGAUGAUCACACAGAUAUCAUAUCAGAGCUUAAACAAUAGUCAAACCAAGUGAACAAUCAACUUUGGUCUUCUUUGGACGACUGGAAUUAACACUUCCAAGGCAGCAAUAAUCCUCUACUAUAACAUUAACAGGAAAGAACUUAAAAAAAUGAAAGGUAGUCGACAAGAGAGGAAACUCGAGCUCAGAGAAAUAGACUGAAUUGAACUUUAAUCGAUAAGGAGCGAUGUUAUUAGGCCAACUUUUUGAUAAAUAUGUAGAUAGAGGAAAAGCACCGCGAAAACACUGCGAGAUACGAAUAUACAGCGGGCAUGAUAGAAACAUUUCAUGAUAUCUUCGCAUAACAUAGAAAAGAUGGAUGAAUUCAUUUAUACUCCAUGAAAAGAAAAAGGACAGAAUUAAAAUAAGAAAAAAAUGAAAAAUGAAAAAAAAAAUCACUGAUAGUAUUAAAUGAUAUUAGGUGAAAAAAAUCAGUAAACAUUUAAAAUUGUAGGACUUGGCUUAAAAUGAGAACUAUUAAAAAUACUGGUAUAAAUGCGGCAAUAAAAAACAAAUAACAAACAUUAAACACAGGUAUUAGACGAGAGAUCAUUCAAGUAUCCCUUCGUGUUGAAAAUAUUCACUCAAUUUAUUCCUUGGUAAUAAUUGUCUUGAUGAUAAAGGGCUUUUGAAAGCUUCAUCUUCAAGAACGCUUUGUGUACAACUCAAGUAAAGCGAGCCUUCAUCAGCUUCUCAGAGUUUUGGUUGCUUUGAAAGAGUCCACCCACACAGACACUCGACUAAAGUUUCCCCCGAGUUUCCUUUGGUAUUCACUAAAGAAGGAAGUUCUCAAACCAAACGCCAACUGCAAGGAGUAGAGUCCGUGACCAUAAAGUGCAUUCGAAAUGCUAGCAAAAAGGAAAAGUGCUAUUAUAGUUUAGACUUUGUCGAAUUCUGAGGGUUUUUUAAGGUUAUUGUUUAUAAGAUUUCUAAAAGGAAGUGGUCUUUGUAAGCCGAGGCGGGGAAAUGAUAACAUAAUUAUUAAACACAGAGAGGCGACUGGAAAUGGAAGAAUAGAAAAUUGAAAAAAUGGAAAUCGUUUUCAACCAGCACAUAUUUUGUUGUUGGUACUUUGUUUUGCAAAUGAGUGUGGAAUCUAGUGAGAAUGAAUAUGUUUCGUUAUUGAGUAAAGAGCGAGCAGCGAAAACAUUCUUCACAUACGAGUGAAGUUUGAGAUUCACCGACCUAAAGUUGUUAAUCUCGAUCAGUAGUGAAAUGACCUCACGCAGAAAAAACGCCAAUUUUAUCAGACUAAUGAGCAAAAACGACCAUUAAUAAAACUAUAUUCAAGACAGACUCAAGGAAGCUUUAAAAGUUGACAUUGUGUAGGAUUACUAGUGUUGACGACAUCCAACCAGUAUUUCAUCCUCUUCACUAUUCUGGGAACAUUUCUUAUAAAUGUAAAAUAAAUUAGCAAGCAUGUCACGUACAUUUAUUUACUUACUGUAUGUGAAUGAAUAACUACUAUUUCCCUAUGUAAACUUUGUACACGCUCUAUGUUUUAUACUCUGCCGUAAACCAACGAGAUUCUUCGUAAAAGAUUCGGAGCUUUAUCGACUAAGAUUCGACUUGCCAUCGACAGCAAUAGCUGAAUCUUUGCUAGCCAGUAUCUUAUGCAAUGGCUUAAAUCUGUUUUUCUAAAGAUCGGCUAGCUCAAAGCAUAAAUCAUUGCUAUAACGUAGCAAUCAUUACAAAAACAUCCUUAAAAACCUAAUUGCCAGAGAGUCAUUUCUAAGCGUUCUAAAAAUAGUUCAGGGGAAAAUCAAACAAAAACGCAGCUUAUUUUUAAAAUCAUGAUCUCAAGUGUACCUCGAUCCUCGCACUCUGAUUGGUCAAUUCGCAACUUGACAUAAUUAGUUCGGUCAAGCAUGACGUCAUGACAUUCUUUUGACCGAUACUCGAGUUUAUGUUCUGUUACUCGUUGAUAGCCUUGCCGAAGAGAACACGGCUCCUCGCAACUCCAAAUCCAAGCUAAUACAGCCUUUGAUUAAUAAGCAAGUGUUUAUACUUUAGAAAGAGGGCUGACUAAGAGCCCUUGUUUCUUCGCUGAAAUGGAAAGAUACCGAAAACACCUUGGCAACAGUCAGAACAGCGUAAGCUUUGACACUACAUCACCAUGGCGAGAAUGUACGUUACCUUAUAAUCGUCAAGCUUUACUGGAAAUUUCUAGCUCUCAUAGGAAUGGCUUUUCUAAGAGUCUAGGGGAUAUUUCCUCGCUUAGUUCGCCCAGCAAAUACCAGCGAAGAACUGUGAUGUUUGAGGAAGACCUCAGAACGCACGCAGAAAUGCUUGAUCGAGCGAGGACAAGAUUUCGGGAACUUGAACUAAAAUAUCCAGAAGUUUUCAAAAACUCAUCAAGAACAUCUUCUAUUUCUUCUCUAAAUACACUACGAGGUCAUAGCAUGGUAAAACAGCCUUCCAUUGAACUAUCUUUUCACUGCUGCGAGUCAGAAAAUCAAAAUUACGAUCAUGACCUAGAGGUGAAAGAAAUAGACCAGCUCGGUGACUUGACGCAAGUGCCGGCGUAUCGCAAGCACAGUGGAGGCCAAAGACGAAGAGCUCCUCUUCUCUCAUCAUCGAUGAGAUCUCAUAAUCUUGAAGACAGCUGUGAUAGUGCUUUUGAUGAAAUAGAUCGAGAAUCGAAUCAUUCUCACGAUCGAAGCCCCAACUAUGUCAACAACACAGCUUCAACGCGGUUUCUGUAUCCCGGAGACAGUUUGGAGUCGGAUAAAGACAGUGGGAUUUCAACCGAUCAACCUUUCGUCCCUCCAGCAAAAACUUUGAACUUUCACAAACGCGCCUCCUUUCUGGAAUCGGAAACUGUCCAGAUCAACAAGUCCUUGAGCUUAUCUCAGCCAACGCUUCUAAGCGAUUCUAGCAGCCAUCCAAGCUGGCAGUCGACCGACCAACCGACUAGGAACCGGACGAGUAGACAGGGAAUUCUGAAGUCAACUGCUUACAGAAAUCAAGGGAUACGGAGCGAAAGUUUGGAUGCAGAAUUUCCUUUGGACCGAGUGAAGUACAGAACGAGAAGAAGUCGACUUCAAGCUUUGAAAACUGGCUCUGAGGUUUACAGGAGAAGUACUACAAAUAUUCCCUCCUUCCUAAGCCAAGACGACGACUGCUCUGAUGUUGAGACGGUCAACAGUGUACGCAGUGAGGUGUUAAUAAGGCCAAAGAUAAGUGCACGACAGCAAUAUCUAAGCACUUAUGGUCUUGAUAGAAUCAAUACUGAUGAGAAUACAAGCAAUAAUAACAGACUUUAUAAAAGCAAGAGUUUACCAAAUCUAGGAUUCUCUCAGUCGUCAUUUGAUGAGGCUACGGGAUUCAGCGGAGCUGUACUGUCUUGUGAUAACCCAAAGAAACGAAAAAAGAGAAUUCUACAGAGAUUUGGAAGGAGAUCAGGACUAUAUGUUGUUAAUGACGUUCCAGCUUCAGAAAAACCAAAGCUGCCACUUUCUCCAGGAAAUUCCUGGAAAAAGAGAAGGUCAAAAUUAAAGAAAUCUACUUCUCUUGAGCCGUCACAUGUCAAUGAGACCACAAAAGUUUGGUAUGACCAUACAACUGCUGUCAGCAGGCCAUCAAAUGGCCAAGUUCUUGGACGUGUGCUGACCUUGCGUGAAGAUUUGGGAAUGGCAUAUGAGAUUGAACUACAGAGACCCAAUGAUGGACUAUUUGGGUUUUUUAUUCAAAAAGGAUACAAGGAUUGUCGUAAGGGCGUGUUUAUAAGUCGUAUAAUGGACUCGUCAAGUGCAAAGUUUAUUGCUGGUUUAUUGAAUCCUGGGGAUGAGUUACUAGAGGUUAAUGGUCAGAGUACAAAGACAAAGAGUGUUGCGCAAGUACAGAACAUUAUGACACAUUCUGAUAAACUUCUGUUAACAGUAUUGCCAUAUGUCAGCCGAAAAGACUGGUGAACAAAACCUUUUUAUUAAUAAAAUUAUUCUUUGUGUUUAUACCAAAGACUUUAAAACCUAGUAAGCAUAAAAGGUAUCCCAAUGUAUCAUGGAAAUAGAGUAGUUCUAAUAUCAGAAAACUCUAUGAAAUUCAAUUGAAUAUUACAGCAGGAUCAAAAUGCUUUGAACAAAUAUCCAUAACUAAAUGUCAAUUCAAAAGUCAGCAGAACUUCCGAGUUGAGUUUAAUUUUUAUCAAAUGGAAUUGUUUCAUUUUAUAUUUAAGGACUUGUAGAUAUUUUUUAAAUAGCAAAAUGAACCUAUCGAAUGUACAUUGUAGAAUAGAAAUUUUGGCGGCAGUGAUGAAAUUAUGUCAAAUUUCAUAAUUUUGCCUUUGGUUGAGAUAUUUAGUUGUAGUUAACAUUUAUCAUAAAAAGCUGCUUGAUAUUUAUUAAUAAGAAAACUAGAAAAUGAAAACAUCUUUAGAAUUUUGAAAAUACAAAUUUGGUGCAUUUUACACAACAAUUUUGAAAAUCAUUAUUAACUGAUGAAAUACUUUUGACUAUUUAAGUUGUGUAAAAAGGCUUUGUGUAAAUACUGUAGAAAAAGAACCAAAGAUUGAAUGAAAAUCAAUCAAUGAAAAGCUGUAUUGCAAUGGCCAAACAGCCUUCUGACAACACCUAUAGUAUGUGUUGUCUACAAACAUUGUAUUGUGCAAUAGAUUAUAGUACAUCAAUAUUUAAUCCACGAACAGUGAAAGACUAAAAUGUUAAAAAUCAAGCCAAUUAAUUUGAAAAAGAGAUGAUCUUGAACUAAUAUGAAAGGCUCAGGAUGCCUAUUGAGCUUGAGGUAACAAAAUCACAUGCAGUGGUAAAAACAUAAGUUAGAUGUUCUUUUUUGUUAUAAUAAAUUGUAUAAUUUACAUUAAUACCAUGACCGCAAUUAAGAUUUUGAGUUAAAUGUCUUUCAAGCUGAUUCAAUUAUUGCACUGUGUGUUGAGGAGAUGUGCCGACAUAUGACGUAAAGUGUUAAUAUUCGUCGUCUUUAAAUGUCUCCUUCGGAGCCACCUGAUUAAAGCUUUCCAGAUAGAGAUUUGACAGCCAAUGUCUAGUUAUUUACUUUAAGAUGCGUUAUCUGUAAGAAUCCAUUUAAAGUACCAAUAGCUUCUAUAAUAGUAUUAAUGUUAAUACUUCCAUUCAUUUAAGUUUUCAUAAGGAGAGUACAUGCAACAAUUCAUCAUAAAACAAAAUGUUGCCUGAGUUUCAACAUGGAACAUUAGCUAGUAGAACUGUAGUGACUUAUGCCUGUUAGAAAGUCAGUUUCAUUGUGAUUAUAGUGUUUGGCACAUUUCAAUAAAUUGAAUCAGUCUUCAAACAUUCAUAACUAUUAAUAUUAUACUGUAAAACGGUUGAACUCUACUGAUAAGCAAUGCAAAAUGUUUAAAUAUUUUUCUUGAGAAUAAUCCUGAUAAAGAAAUGGAAAAGUUGCCUUUAUCAUUUUGAAAUAAAAUAUGUACAAACUUGACAGAAA